AUGGCAUUAUUGAUUACACUGAUUACCUGUUUUGUGAUUAUUCUUCCUACUUUCCAGCCUUGCCAGAUCCCUGAUGACUCUGUGGCUGCCAGCUGUCUGGGACGUAUCAUGAUUGAAGGUUUCUUUGCCAUUCAAAAGAUACUGUCCUCAGAAGACUAUCCCAGACGACCAGAAAUCCAGAAGAAUGUUGGCUUUGAAAUAUCAAAUUUUCUUCAAACUCUUGCUAUGAUACACAGCAUCGAGAUGAUCAAUAAUUCAACACUAUUAUCUGCAGUCAAACGGGGGUAUGAAAUCUGUGACACUUUUACACAAGACACAGUGGCAAUGGCAACUGCUCUGAGGUUUCUUCCUAAGUUCAACUGCUCCAGAGAAACUGUAGAGUAUAAGUGUGACUAUUCCAGCUACAUGCCAAGGGUUAAGGCUGUCGUCGGGGCUGGCUACUCAGAAAUAAGCACGGCUGUCUCCAGGAUGUUGAAUUUACAGCUCAUGCCAUAGGUGAGUUACGAAUCAACUGCAGAAAUCCUAAGUGACAAAAUUCUCUUUCCUUCAUUUUUACGGACUGUGCCUGGUGACUUCUAUCAGACUAAAGCAAUGGCCCACCCGAUUCAGAAAUCUGGAUGGAACUGGAUUGGCAUCAUAACCACAGAUGAUGACUAUGGACAAAUGGCUGUUAACACAUUUGCAAUUCACACCAUGGCAAAUAAUGUGUACAUAGCCUUCAAAGAAGUUCUCUCAGCCUUCCUCUCAGAUAAUAUCAUCGAAGUCAGGAUCAAUCAGACACUUGAGAAAAUCAUAGCAGAAGACGUUAAUGUCAUUGUGGUAUUUCUGAGGCAAUUCCAUGUUUAACUCUUCAGCAAAGCUAUUGAAAGGAAUAUAAAUAAGGUCUGGAUUGCUAGUGAUAAUUGGUCAAUAGCCACCAAGAUUACUACCAUUCCUGAUGUCAAAAGGAUUGGCAAAGUUGUAGGGUUUACCUUCAGAAAAGGGAACGUGUCCUCUUUCCAGUCCUUUCUUCAAAAUCUGCAUAGGUUUCCCAGUGACAAUAACAAACCCUUAAAUGGAUAUGCUUUGCUCUUGUCUGCAUGUGCAUAUGUUGAGGACAGUGAUUUGAGUCAAUGCAUUUGGAAUCAUUCUCAGGAGACUUUAGCCUACCAGGCUAACAAGGAUAUAGAAAGGAAAUUUUCCCUGAGAAAUGAUUUGCUGUGGGAUUACAUUGAACCAGGGCUUGUUCACAGUAUUCAGCUUGCCGUGUUUGCCCUUGGCUAUGCCCUGGAUCUGUGCCAAGUUCGAGACUGUCAGAACACCAGUGCCUUUCAACCAUGAGAGUUACUUGAUGUACUGAAAAAUGUGACAUUCACUGACGGAGGGAAUUCAUUUCAUUUUGAUGCCCUGGCUAUGAAUACUGGAUAUGAUGUUGUGCUCUGGAAGGAGAUCCGGCACCUGUAUAUGACCAAGAUGGCACAAUAUGAUCUGGAGAAUGAAGCCUUUAUCAUCAUAGACCAGGAAACAAAAAAUGAGUUCAGGAAUCUUAAGCAUAUUCAGUCCAAAUGUUCCAAGGAAUACAGUCCUGGGCAAAUGAAGAAAACCACAAGAAGUCAACAUAUCUGCUGCCAUGAAUGUGUGAACUGUCCUGAAAAUCACUACAGUAAUCAGACAGACAUGGAUCACUGCCUUUUAUGCAACAAUGAAACACACUGGACCCCUGAAAGGAGCACUGUGUGCUUUGAAAAGGAAGUACAGUAUCUCAACUGGAAGGACGGGCGCACUAUCCUGCUCCUGAUCCUCUCCCUACCCAGAAUCCUGUUUGUUCUGGCCAUUGGCAUAAUAUUUACAAGAAACCUGAUCACACCUGUUGUGAAAUCACCUGCGGGAAUCCUCUGUCAUUUCCUCGACUUUGCCAGCACUGCCUUUUUCAUUGGAGAACCACAGGACUUCACAUGUAAAAUCCGGCAGACGCUAUUUGGUGUGAGCUUCACCUGCAUCUCCUGCAUUUUGACGAAGUCUCUGAAGAUUUUGCUAGCCUUUAGUUUCGUGCCCAAGUUGCAGAACUUCCCGACGUGCCUCCAUAAACCGAUCCCCCUUAUCUUCACUUGCACAGGUAUCCGGGUUGUCAUUUGCCCACUUUGGGUAAUCGUUGCAGCCCCUGCUGUGGAAGAGAAUGUCUCCUUGCUUCUGGCCUUCAUUUGCUUCAUAUUUGCCUCCAAAGGCAGGAAAUUACCUGGGAAUUACAAUGAAGCCAAAUUCACAACAUUUGGCAUGCUCAUUUAUUUCAUAGCUUGGAUCACGUUCAUCCCCAUCUAUGCUACCCCAUUUAGCAAAUAUUUGCCAGCUGUGGAGAUUAUCGUUACUUUAAUAUCUAACUGUGGGAUCCUAUGUUGCACAUUCUUCCCCAAAUGCUAUGUUAUUCUUUGCAAGCAAGAGACUAACACAAAAUCUGCCUUUCUCAAGAUGAUUUCAUACUCUUUCCACAGUGCAAGCAGCCUUCCCGUGAGUCAUGCUUCACUGGACUCCAGUAACAGCAAUGUCACAACAACCAAUCUCAGCUCUGGAAGCACGUCUGCAGCCUGGCAGAAAAGCAAAGAUCUCCAAGCAUUUUCACACAUAUGCAAGGAAAAUGCUACAAAUCUGUCUAAAAUUUGACCUCGAAAAAGAUUUUCAAGUUUAUGA